UGGGGAUAGGGAAGUAGGUACGAGUCUGUAUGUAAUAAAUUUUAUGAUAUUAAUGCAGGAGUUUUGCAAAUUAAAUGUUCAAAGUACACUUAUGUAAUUUUAUUGUGACUUUACUUAUUUUUUAAUAAAAAUGAGCCAGUUCGGUAAAUUUGGGCCUUUGGUAGGGGCAAUUGAUGAAGGCACAUCUAGUGCGCGGUUUAUUAUAUUCAAAGCUAAUUCUUCCGAUGUGGUUGCAUACCAUCAAAAAGAGUUAGAACAGCAUUUUCCUCAAGAAGGUUGGGUGGAGCAAGAUCCGUAUGCAAUAUUGGCCGUAGUUAAAACGUGCAUAGAAAAAGCAGUGGAGAAUUUGGUGGCAUUGGGGGGAAAUCCAGAGGAUAUAAUAGCAGUUGGAGUCACAAACCAAAGAGAAACAACUAUAGUUUGGGAACAAGGCACAGGGAAACCUUUGUACAACGCAAUUGUUUGGCUGGAUAUGAGAACAUCUUCCACUAUUGACAAGCUUCUUGACACGGUGCCAAACAAAACAAGAAACAAAAAUUACCUAAAGCCAUUAUGUGGUCUUCCACUCUCACCUUACUUUAGUGCUGUUAAGCUGAGAUGGCUUAGUGACAAUGUUGAUCCUGUAAAGAAUGCCAUGAAGAAGGGUACCUGUCGUUUUGGUACUGUUGAUUGUUGGAUCAUAUGGAACUUGACAGGUGGUCCAAAUGGCGGGAAGCAUGUCACUGAUGUCACCAAUGCAUCGAGAACAAUGUUAAUGAAUAUUGAGAAUUUGAAUUGGGAUCCACUGCUAUUAAGGUUUUUCGAAGUGCCUAAGUCCGUCUUACCAGACAUUAAAUCCAGUUCAGAGGUUUACGGAUACAUUGCUGAUGGUCCUCUCAAAGGUGUACCGAUUGCCGGUUGCCUCGGAGACCAACAAGCCGCGUUAGUCGGACAGAUGUGCCUCCAGAAAGGACAAGCAAAAGCCACGUACGGAACUGGUUGCUUUGUCCUUUAUAAUACAGGCGAUAUUCGAGUAAACUCGACAAGAGGUCUGCUUACCACAGUUGCUUACCAAUUAGGUAGCAACAAUCCCCCAAGCUACGCAUUAGAAGGAUCGGUAGCUGUUGCAGGUGCCGCAUUAGGAUGGCUAAAGGAGAAUAUUGGAUUAUUGGAUACUGCUAAGGAAUCGCAAACGAUUGCAGAGACGGCAACAGAAAACGGUAGCGUUGUGUUUGUGCCCGCCUUUAGUGGACUAUACGCGCCGUAUUGGCGUCAAGAUGCUAGAGGUGUGAUUUGUGGAAUAACUGAAGACACUAAUUCCAAUCAUAUUGUGAAAGCGGCUCUGGAGGCAGUAUGUUUCCAAGUGCGAGAUAUUCUCGAUGCAAUGAACGAGGACUGCGGUAUUCCUUUACAAGUAUUGAAGGUGGACGGUGGUAUGACGGGAAACCAAUUACUUAUGCAGAUGCAGGCUGAUUUAGUUGGCAUAGAGGUUAUAAAAGCUGGAUUUUCCGAGAGCACUGCCUUGGGGGCCGCCAUGGUAGCCUAUUGGGGCGUCAAGACAGACAUACAGGGUGUUCCUAUACCCAUGACGAGCGGAAACACAUAUGCUCCAAAGAUAAGCGACGACGAACGCGACAUGAGAUACAAACAGUGGAAGAUGGCCGUCGAGAGAUCGUUGGGAUGGGAACAAAAUUAAAUACAGUUCGUGCCUUAUAUAAUUGUUGUAAUGGCUUCACAGAUGUGACAUUAAGUUUUUUUUCAUCUUAGUGUACGUUGGUCGAACUAUGGUUGCAUAGCUCGGUUGGUAGAUUAUCAAACAUAGUCCUGGCUGGUCAUCCAGUCAUUUUGUGAAAAAAUAUUUUGCAUUCAUUCUCAUCUCAAAAUUUUCUGGCAUGUCACACAUGAGAAAAUGCAGGUAUCGUUUUCAAAGUGGAACCAAGAGCUAAAAAAAAACAUGCAAUAAAUUAUUUGUUAUAAUGUUAAUGUUCAUGUCGUCCGUGAGGUCAUUUUUAUUAGAAUCGAGUAUAUUUUUGUAUCAAUUAGGCAUUAGGUAAUUAACAAAUGGGAAAGACAUAUAUAUAUGUAUACAUAUUAGUGUAGUGUUAUAUUUUUUUAUUUAUCAUUGAUUAGGAAACCGGACAUCGAAAUAACAGUUACAUAAGUACAGUGAAAUUUUGUUGCCAUUAUAAAAAAAAAAUGUAAUGUGACAUUCUCUGUUUCAAUAGUACCUAUUGUAGGUAACGUUAUUUUAUGUAGUAAAAGUAUUCUCGCAAUAUAGACUUGAAUAUAGUAGUUAGCAAACGAAACUAUUGUUUUAAAUGUAUUAGUAGAUACAUAUUUUGAUUAAAUUGUUUUUUUGACAUUUUUUUAUUAGGGUUUGACAUUUGUGUUCUAUUUUUAUUGCUUCAUUAAUUUUGAAUCGUUGUAUAAGACGUUAAUUUAAGUGCAAUUUUUGUGGUGAUAUUAAAAUUUAUAAUUCGAUUGAUUUGAUUUGAUGUGUGUGUACAGAUAACAACAAGAUAUGUGAUAAAGAAAAAUCACGAUGAUCCUAAGAUUUCGUGACGUAAUUGGCAAUGUGUUCGUUAUAUUUGUAGUUAUGCGAUUAUUGUGACCCUUUUUAUUAAAUACUGUAAUUAUGGAAACUAAUUGUUACAACGAGUCUAAAUUCGAAACCCCAACGUUCAGUAGGUAGUCUAAGCAUUGGAUUCUGAUCGGUUUAGUUUUAAAUCAUAAUUGUUACCUGAUAUUUAAAAGUCCUUUUCUAGUGCUAUGCUAGCCAUAGUUGUCGCUUAUAAUUAUAUAUACACAUAUAUUACGGUAUAUACAUUUCACACAUUGAUAUUAUUUUGAAAGUUUUCAAUCGUCAUAUAUACUAAAAACCUAAAUUCAUAAUGUUUAUGUCGAAAUAAAAGAUGUUGCAUUAAAAUGUUGCAUUUUUGCUAUAGGUACUUGUAUUUUCCUAAAUUUGCAUGUGCGCGCCCCUUUGUCAAAAUGGCGAUUCACAAGAUGGCGCGUAAUAUCUAAUUCUUUCUCAAACUUCUUGCGGUAUGUGCUUUAAGACCGCUCCACAGAUUAUACAAAAGAACACGUUGCGAAACUUGGUGAGAAAUUCCUAAUACAAGAGGUAUAGGAAUUUGUUUCUAUUACCGUUUGUACUUUUAAAUGUAAUUGGUAUUUAUCGGCCUUACAAGUAUACGAAAUAAGAAUGACUACGUUUUGCUUUAUUAAAAAAGGCCAUCGUUACUUUACAAAUAUUACAAAACCCGACUAUUUUACUACUCAAGUAGCUCAUAAUUGAAAUUGCAACGAUUUAAAAUAUUGUCUGUAGUUUGUAAUGUUUUUAAUUUUCUUGACAUUAGAAUUUCAAUAUUUUACUACGAAUUGUUUGUAAUGGUAAAAAAGUUGAUUUUCAGAAAUAUAAAUAACAUUAUUUGUAAUAAUGUUAUCAAUUGCGUAUAUCCAAAAUAUAUUAUUAUUUCAUCUAAAUUUUACCUUAUUGGUUAAGAUUCAAUGUUACUAGAUUGUUCUAUUCAAUAUUAUAUUUUUGUUCA